UCCAAAAGUUGUUUCAAUUAAUUGUACUUGGUUGUCUUACUAGAAUCAAGGAAUUAUCCUGGGUGGAUUUCUUUAAAAAGAGGUUUGUGUGGGUUCUUUCCUUUAUUAUUGAUGAAAAAAACAUAUGUCCAGUUUCCAGUCCUUUAGGCAUCUGCUGCACUGGGGCCAAGAGUCCUGGUGCACAUGGUUCUGAAGUUCAGGAUCCUGCAGCCCAUGUUCCCCUGCAGGGGAUCCGAGGAGGUUCUGUGUUGUUUCACAUGACCAAGAAGCAAGAAGCUGAACCAGAGGAGGUCUGGUGGGCCUUUGGCCCUGAGUCAAACUACAGUGUCCUGCUGCGAGUCCACCAUGAGGCAGACACUCCAACCUGGGUCAGCCUCCAGGACAAGUACCAGCAGAGGGUCCAUGUGCCCAACAUCCUGUCCCUGAAGAUUGAGAACCUGACCUGUGAGGACAGUGGACAGUACCGGGCUCGACUCAGCUUCCCUGGAGGAUUAGAAUUCACCCAGGUUUUCCUCCUCACUGUCUAUGAGCCCGUGCCCUCUCCCCAGAUUCUGGUGGGAUCAACAUCCAUCACACCAGACUGGUGCAACGUCACCCUGGAGUGCAGAGCCUCUGGGGCCACAGACGAUCUGAAUGUGACCUGGGAGAACAAGGGCCUCCCCAGAGAAUGGGAGCAGAGAAGGACAUCAGAACCAGCCUGCAACUCAUCAGCCAACAUCCUGGCUGUGAGCUUUCCUAGAGGCCAGCCCAAUGCCAGCCUCGUCUGUGUGGUCAGCAACCCGGGGGAAUAUAAAAAUGCCUCCUUCGACCUUGGGGGAGUCUGCUUCCAUGGUGAGUGCAAUCUGCCAGAGGGGAGGAGCACUUUCAGAGCUUAGAUAGCACUGAGGUCUGGGGGUUCAGGGCUUUUCUUCCCACCAUUUUCUUAGCACUGCUUUCUGACCACUUCAUACAGGAGUCUAGGAAAAACAUCCAACUUAUUUUGGCUUUUGAGUGUGUUCACAUCCAUGACUUGCUCUAACUGCUUGCCCUUGCUAGUCCAGGUAGUCAUUUUCCAGUACUUCUCUCCACCACUAUCCAACAUCCAUUGUGCAUUCAGCAUGGUCUUCAGGAAAGUAAUCACACUGGGUCAUUUGUGGCUUUUCUUCAAGUCUGACCUCCAUGACUUCCUAUGGGAUGUCAUUGAGGGGCCCAGACACUCCUCUGUCCACAUUUCUGAUCUUAUUUAUACACUUACCACUGAAUUCCUUGUUUGUCAUUCCAGAAUGUGCCCUGCUUUUGCAAGUUUUUGCACCUCUGGACAUGUUGUUUCUUUGACCAUCAGCCCUUCUUCCCCCUGUGUCCUCAACUUCCUGUCUUAUUCUUCACGGAGGAUUCUCCUCAGCCACUGCAGAUAUGUGGACAUGUGCAAAUGCAUUCACACAUGGCCCUGCCCUAAGAUAGGCCCCAUGAUCGG